CUCACCUCCACUCAGUGAGCAUAAGACUGCUCUUGGCCUCCCAGGACUGUGGGUGGGAUUGUGUGAUUUCUGAAAAGGACAUGAUACAAAAUGAAUAAAGAUAGCAAGCCAGAAAAGAGUUUUCCUGAAAGACUGAAGAGAUGGUUCAAAUUAGAACGUGGAAAUCUUCCUGGCAGUCGUGAUAUUCGGCUAACAGAGGAAUUAAAAAUUGAGCUUAGCAAUGAAUCUCCUGUAGCUGUUCGUAUCAAAGCAAUCAGAGAAUUAAAUGAAGUUCUUGCUUCAAGGAAACUGGAAGAGAAUGGGAUAGAGAAGCUGUGGUUCUUAGUUCAGGACUUGCUGUCCCAGGCUUGUCAAGCAGAGAUCCGCCACACCACUUUACAGAUGUUCAUCACGCUCACAGCUGGCCACGAUCGUUUAGGACCAAUGCGACAUGUCUUCUUUAACUACAUAUCAGAUAAUUAUCAACUUGAAGAUAUUAAGCCCAUUUUUGAUUUCUUCCGAGAAGUGAUAGCAGAGGGGAAGCAAUUGGAAUACAUCGAUGAAUAUGUUGGUCCUUUUCUCCUUAAGUGGCUUCCAGGACUGCUUGCAUCUCCACAGUCUGCUGAUGCUCUUAAUCUUAUUAUUGUCUUAGUCAAGUUCAAUUCUGCAUACCUGGAUGAGCCUGUUGUAACUGGCUAUGUAAAGGAGGUUGUGCUUCAACUUCACAAAGCUGGCAGUGAGGCGGAGGCACUCUUGUGUCUACGUGUUUUGGAUGCUGUGCUUGCUUAUAGCUAUCUUCCUUCCUCUGCACUGCCUACCUUCAUAGCUGCUCUCACCAGAGCAAUUAGUGUGCCUCAGCUCACCGCUGAAUCCUGGAAGAUCAUGCGCAAUCUCCUUGGGACACACCUUGGCAACAGCGGUCUCUAUGUUUUGUGCCGAUUGAUUCAGAGCAAUGUAGAUGCUCAUAUGGUGCGUGGAGCAAUCUUUUUCUUAACAUCUGCACUGUGGGGGAGUAAUAAAGUUUCCUCCCUUAACUACAAACCAGCAGCAGUACUUCCAACAUUCAGAGAGGCUGCUAAAAAUGGUCAUAUAUUGGUUAUAUAUGAGGUAGCUCUAAGUAUUCAGAAGUUGGUGUCCAAGAUGUAUAUGGAGCUCCAUUUAUCAUCGUGGGAUCUUGUUCUGGACACACUCAUCAAACUGUUUGAACACACAGUUGCUUUAGAAGAGGGGCAAGAAAAGCAAGCAAUUCUGGCUGUGCUGAAGGAUAUAUUGGAUGUGAUUGAACAACUUAUUGACUUACAGCAGUUUGGAGGAUCAUCUGAUAAAUUUUUCUCCAUCAUUAAUCUUUAUUCUGACCUCCGUCCGGAGUCUUCAGUUCUUCGUCUUCUUGACCACCUUGCCCAAGGUGUAGAUCCUCUUCGUCCUCAUUGGUUGGCAAAUCUGGGCACACUGCUCAACCAGUACUAUCGCCAUGAUCAUAGACCUAACGUCAGGACCAAAGCAUUAGCAGUACUUGCCGAUGUGUACAACAACAACAGACACAUAUAUGGAACAGAGAUGAUAAGAAGUGUGGUCACUAUACAAAUGGAUGGAAUUGAGGCAGAGUGUGAUGUUGGUGUAAGAACAGCUGCUGUCAAUUUGCUGGUCCACAUUGCCUUGACUCAGAAAUCUUCUGUUGUGACAGAUUUACUUGGCAUGCUUGAAAAGGUUGUGAUGGCACCGUACUUCACCACUGGCGACUGUAUUCAAGUAGUACGAGAAAGUGAAGCUGCAGACAUCAUUGCAGCCAUUUCUGGUUUGAUACGUUUCUUUAAGAAAAAACUUUGGGAAUUACCUUCGUCACAUGCCAUUCAGGCAUAUGGCAUAUUACUUGCAUGUUUGGAACACCAUUACCGCAAUCAAGCUGCUCUUGAAGGAGUAUCCAGAGUUAGACUUAAGAUCUUUGAUAUGAUAUUUGAGAUGAGAGCCAAUGCCAAGUAUCAAUUAGGUUUUCCAAGGACUCUCGAAAAAGCUGCAGAAGAGGAGGAAGAUUCAGUUUCAUCGUUAAUUCCACCAUAUUCUCCAUACAUAGUUGUAGAUCAUAAGCAUGGACAACGGCUCUAUGAGGCACAAAGAGAGAGAGAGCAACAACAUAUGGAUUUGUUCUCGCCCUUAGGAAGCAUGAAUGAUACAUCUAGGGAAGAGGAAGAAGGAAUUGUGACGGAGGGCAUAGUACUGCCAACAGUGUUACCACCAACCUCACAGGUUGAAGUCACCCAUCUCUCACUAACUCAAGCAGCAAUGAUUGUUAUUGUUGCAAUGAAGAAAGAGAAAGACUGGGGAGUUCUUCGCAUGAUACUUGAAAGAGUCCCUCAAGUGCUUCUGAACAAGGCUCUUAUUCUUUCCCGGGAUGGCAAUGAUAUUGACUACUUUGCAGCUGCUCUCUGUGCUCUUGUUACAGACAAGUCUCUAGGCCUUCCUGAGUCACUUCAUAACACACCGACCAAAUUCACUCGGUCAGACUUUCAGAGUUAUGUAUUUCCAGUCCUGGCAACUCUUGCAUCCUACCACAUGCACUUAGAUCCUGUGAUUCAGCAAAAGGUAAUCAAGUGUUUAGAAUUAGGCGUGCUAAGUCGCUGUGCAGGACCACUGUGUGUGAGUGCCUUGACCCUGUGUGUACUGGAGAUGAGAGACUCAAUGAUCAAACUGCUGCGAGAGGUCAUGCUAAAUUUGUCUAAGAUCACUGCUACUGUUCAGAAUGCACAACCCAUCUUGGAGUUCCUGUCAACUCUUCUUCACCUGCCGAAAGUAUAUGCAAGCUUCGUGCCUGACCAGUACAUGUCGAUAUUUGCAAUAGCCAUACCAUACACAAAUCCAUUCAAGUUCAACCACUACAUUGUAUCCUUAGCCUACCACGUCAUUGCAAUGUGGUUCCUCAAGUGUCGGUUGCCAUUUAGAAGGGCAUUUGUGCCUUUCAUAGCUAAGAAUUUGAACAUGAUCCUGCCCGAUGAGGAAGCUGCCACGCGGAGGAGAAGUGCCGGUGCUAAUGAACAGGCAUUACGUCAUGCAAGAACUAGAAUGACUCGUUCUCAAUCGUUCUGCCACAGGCGUCUCGAGGAAAUAGUAAAGAAUGAACCUCAGCCAUUAUUAUGCACUGGCCGAGCAAAGGGAGAUUUUGAUGUGAAAGAGUUUCAUAAUGAUUUACGGGAGACCUGUAUUGACCUGAUGUCCCGCUACACUUAUGCAUCUUGUACUCCAAUCCCUAGAAGGGGUGCAGUUGCUAAAAUGCUCGUGGCAGGAGGCUUGGAUCAAACAUGGAUGGUGGGCAACAAGAUAAUAACUAUCACAACCUCUGGAUGUUCACAAAGGCCUCUUCGAAGUGGCCUUUGUGAUAAGUGCAUACAGUUCUGCAGUGUGGACAAGAGUGGCACUCUCCCUGAGCCAUGCACUUCCAUUGGCACAAAUGUCAGCCGCAGGCGACAUCGUUCUGAACUACACAGGACUAUAUCACAUGAGGCCAAGUAUAAGCCCCAGAGUAAAGAUGACUUGCACAUGCGCACUGUAAAGAGAGACUGUGGAGAUGGCCUCACUCCUCUAGUUGACCAAGAUGAUGGUGUUGGAUGGUCAGGUGGAGGAUUAGGUGAAUCCUCUGAUGCAGACUCAGUUGAGCGCUUGGUGUAUGGCAAUAACGUUGGACCUGGUGCUGCUGCUAACAACGUGAACAAACCAGAAGAACCUCACUUGUGUGCCUGCUGGUGUCAGGGAUGGGCUGAAAUUUAUAUUAGACAACCCACUGGGAACAUGUCCUGGAUGAUGAGACUUCAAAAUAAGCAGACAGUAGUGACUCCUGGCAGUGAGCUUCCUCUACAUGAACUAAGUAACCUCUAUUCCCCUGCAUCUUCAAGGGAGACAGGUGAACUUAUUGGUUCAGUCAUAAAUCGGAGGCUUGAUACAUUCACCCAUGAAGAUGAGAAAACUGAGGUAGAAAUGAUGGAACUCUUAAGCCAGCCAUUCGAAGAACCAAGACCACGUGCAUUUUCUGGUGCCUCGGAUAAAACACAGGAUUCAGACCUCGGUUCUCAGAGAGACUCCAGUGGUUGUAGUAGUGGUGCUCCCUCUCAUGCAUCAUCAGACCUUCGAAUAAACUCAGCUGAUCCUGGGGAUGAUACCAGAGGCAGUUCACCACUUACCAACACCAGCACAUCUGGUGAGAAUCCUGAUGACCCUCGUGUUCCUGUCCAGCGAUGUCAUUCUAGUCCCGAAAUGAGUGAGGGUGUUGUAGCUGGUGGGGAAGAAAUGGACCAGCAACCACUUCUUGAUCCUGAAAGCCAAGUUCUGUCUUCCCCAAGUACUUCACCAGGACCCACUGAAACAACAACAGUGACAACCACAUCAAGACCUCUCAAGCCAAAACCCAGGUUUGAAUCAAUGACAGGAGGAGGCAGUGUGGGCUCAACCUCACCACCACCUGUCCCAUCUACUCGAGUGCGCCACACUUCAGCCUUCCAAACGAAAAGCUGUGGAAGUAAUAGCAGUAUUUCAUCAAGCAGUGGUAUCUUGGGUUCUUCAAACAUUGAGGGAGUUGAUGACAGUUCCCCACGACCCAUGCGAAGAGAUAGAGGACACACCAUCUCUGACAUGAAUCCUGCUUCACGGAAACUACAUUUAAGAGCAGCAGCUGCAUCGAGAAAAAAUAAUUCUAGUAAAGAUCUCAAAGGAGGCAUGUCACCAAGCUUUGUGUUCCUUCAGCUCUAUUAUCAGGGAAGCCUGGGUGGAGGUAAAGAGCGGCCACUCCUGCUUCCCACCCAUCAACCUGAAAUGCAGAGGGCAAUGAGAGUGUUGGACUUUAUGCGGCCUCAAGAAACUCACAAAAUAGGUGUAUUGUACGUGGGUCGAAAACAGACUACAGAACAAGAGAUCCUAAGGAAUUCUUUUGGUUCUCUGAGAUAUAUGCUCUUCCUUCAGGGUUUGGGUUCUGUACUUGAACUGAGCUCUGUAUUGCAAGAUGAGGUGUUUCUUGGUGGCCUUGACACAAAAGGCAAUGAUGGCAAGCUAGUUUACAUUUGGCAUGAUGAUGUAAUGCAGGUUGUCUUCCACAUUGCAACCCUGAUGCCAACGAAGGAGUCGGAUCCAAAUUGUAAUGGGAAGAAACGUCAUAUUGGCAACAACUAUGUUACUAUUGUAUAUAAUGAGAGUGGUUACCCAUACAAUAUUAAUACAAUUAAGGGUCAGUUCAACCACACAGUUGUAGAAGUGGUUCCAGAAGACCACUCCACCAACAGUGUUGGUCUUUUGUGCCGUCCAGAACUGAUGGAAUUUGUUGGUGGUGGAAGUGAUCCUAGGCUAGUUUCAGACACCAACCUUCCCAUCUUAGUGCGUCAACUUGCUCUUCAUGCUGACCUGGCAUCUACAAUCUGGGAGUCACUGAAUCGUCCACCAGGCAACCCAUAUGCUAGCAAUUGGCUGGAGAGGAUGAGGAAGAUCAGAAAGAUUCGACAGAUGGUGCUUUCUGAAAAUGAAGGACAAACAACCUCCAUGGAUUUCACUGAUUUGACAGAUCAAGAUAAAGGGGACAAAGGAAGGGGUGGAGGGUCUGGUUACUGGCAUCAGUUCCUAUCUUGAGGUCAAAGAAAAACCUAAGGCUGGCAUAGUAGUAAGUUUUUUUUCCUUCAGAUAUUAGCCACCUUUUAAAAGCCCUCAAUAUUUUUUUGCAAAGCUUGGUGAUAAUGCAUUCAUUGUGUAAGACUGUGGUCCUAAAUUAGGAUCCUUAAUGGCCAGUGCACAAAGUUGUUUAGAUAAGUUAUAAUUUUUAUCUACCUACAAAGAUUAAACAUUUUUUAAUUUUUUUAUGAUUUUUUUUAAGGAGUGUAGAUUUGGCAGAAUAAAUUUUUGUUCUUAGUCCAUAAAUAUAGUAUUUUGGUGAAUAUUGCUCAAUAGUACAUUUAAUGUACUCUUAAAGACAUUAUAUAAACCAUGCUUCUUACAUGUCACUUUUUAUAUUUUUGCUUGCUAAGUUUUUUUACACUAUUACUAAGAUAUACAAUAUACAUCCACUAGUUAAAGAUAUGUAUUAUGGAAUGAAGUUACCACUAAAUAUAUAAAGUGUGCAUAUUAUUAUAUAUACAGUACAGGAUAUAUGUAAAGCAUCAUUUUAAUUUAUGUUAAACGUUUUGCACCGUAAAAACGUUGUGUAAAAAAAUGUUUUUUUUACUACCC